GUAGACAUGGGCAUGUGUGUCUUCUUCUUCUUCUACUCCUGGCCUUUUAUGUAUAAAUCAAAAAAUAUCUAAAGAGCUCAAUUUUCAAACUCAGGUCAGUUAAAAAAUACAAUGGCUACUGUACCCAACACCUUCUGUCUUCCCUUCACUUCCGUCACUACACAACGCCGUCACAACCAACGUCCGUUACUCCACCGUUACAAUGUUCCUUCUCAUUGCUCCAUCUCAUCAACACAACUGUUUCGUCCACAAUUAGUUAAGUGCCAGAAACUGAAAGGGUCCGUUAUAUCUUCAGCUUACAUUACAGGCCCUGCUUUUGAUGCUAUUGUUUCUGAAAAUGAUCCUAAAUUUGAAGAAUCGGAUGAUAAUAGUAGUUUAGAGCCAAUUGAAGUUAUAAGUUGGGGAUUUUUGUGGAAACUUGUGGCGAGAAACAAGUUGAGGCUACUUGCUUGUGUUUUCACUCUUGUUGGUUGUACCACUUGUACUCUCACCAUGCCUUUACUUUCUGGACGAUUUUUUGAGGUACUUAUUGGAACAAGACCAGAGCCACUGUUGGAACUGCUUAGUAAAGUGGGACUUUUAUACGCCCUGGAGCCAAUUUUUACAAUUAUCUAUGUGGUGAACAUGAAUUCCAUUUGGGAGAAGGUUAUGUCUAGCUUAAGGGCUCAAAUUUUUCAGAGAGUACUAAUUCAAAAGGUGGACUUUUUCGACCGUUACAAGGUUGGUGAAUUAACAGCUCUAUUAACAUCUGAUCUGGGUUCGCUCAAAAAUAUUGUCAGUGAGAAUACUUCACGGGAUCGUGGUUUUAGGGCACUAUCAGAGGUGGUAGGAACAUUAUCCUUAUUGUUUGCUCUAUCUCCCCAACUUGCACCAAUUCUGGGCGUACUCAUGCUCGCCGUGUCUAUUUUAGUCGCUCUGUACAAGAGGUCAACUGUAAAUGUCUUCAAAGCUCAUGGACUGGUCCAAGCAUCAAUAGCUGAUUCUGUGACUGAAUCAUUUUCUGCCAUUCGCACUGUGAGGUCAUUUAGUGGGGAGAAGCGUCAGAUGUCAGUAUUUGCGCGCCAGGUACUCGAGUAUGAGAGUAGUGGCAUAAAGCUUGGAACCUUCAAAUCCUUCAAUGAGUCAGUGACUAGGGUGGCCGUUUAUAUCUCCUUGAUGGCUUUAUAUUGUCUUGGUGGAAGCAAAGUAAAGGCAGGUGAAAUGUCAGUGGGAAUUGUGGCUUCAUUUAUCGGAUAUACAUUUACAUUAACUUUUGCAGUUCAAGGCCUCGUAAAUACCUUUGGAGACCUUCGUGCAGCUUUAGCAGCAACUGAGAGAAUUAACUCUGUUUUAUCCGAUGCUGAAAUUGAUGAAGCGCUUGCAUAUUCUUUAGAAAAAGACAUGAAGCAAAAGAAGGUCCAAGAUGAGACUUUAGAAUUAUACUUGGUGAAUGAUUCUAACGAGAAGAAGCAAUCUAGGAAAAGAUACAUGUCUACAUUAAAAUUUGGUAGCAGUGUGCGAAAGCUGGCAGAGACUGGUGAUAUCUGUCUUGAAGGUGUUGAUUUCUCAUAUCCAGUGAGGCCUGAUGUGGAAAUCCUUCGUGAUCUUAAUUUAACUCUAAAAUGUGGAACUGUUACAGCUCUGGUGGGACCAAGUGGUGCAGGGAAAAGUACAGUAGUACAGCUAUUAGCGCGUUUCUAUGAGCCAACUCGAGGUCGCAUAACUGUUGCCGGAGAAGAUUUGCGAACAUUUGAUAAGAGCGAGUGGGCGCGGGUUGUCUCUAUAGUGAAUCAAGAACCUGUUCUUUUCUCUGUAUCGGUUGGAGAAAAUAUUGCUUAUGCUCUCCCUGAUGAGGAUGUAUCCAAGGAUGAUGUGAUAAAGGCAGCCAAGGCUGCUAAUGCUCACGAGUUCAUAAUUUCAAUGCCACAGGGUUAUGACACAUUGGUUGGUGAACGUGGUGGUCUAUUGAGUGGUGGACAGAGGCAGCGAAUUGCUAUUGCAAGGGCUCUACUGAAGAAUGCCCCUAUUUUGAUUCUUGAUGAGGCCACUAGUGCUUUAGACACGGUAAGUGAGCGUCUAGUCCAAGAAGCCCUGGACCAUCUGAUGAAGGGACGAACAACUUUGGUAAUUGCUCACAGAUUGAGCACAGUUCAGAAUGCUGAUCAAAUUGCCCUUUGUUCUGAUGGGAAGAUUGCGGAGUUGGGAACACACUUAGAGUUGUUGGAAAGGAAGGGUCAAUAUGCUUCUCUGGUUGACACUCAGAGGCUUGCAUUUGAAUAAUGUAUAGCACUUUUGUUUUUGCUAGUUUAUCAGAACAAUCUCAGAGGCAGAACAUGUGACUAUGCGACAUGAUAUUGUGCAGUGAAGGGGGGGGACUAUUAGGAUGAAAUGUUGAAAGGCUGGAGGAUGGAUGGAUAUAGCUGGAAGAAAAACAGAGAGACAAGUUCUCCCUUUUUCUUUUGGAACAAAGCAAAGUUGUACAAAGUUUACAUACUAUAAACAACUGAUGUAAAAAUUGGUAUAAUUGCAGUAUAAUGUAUGUAAAUCCGGUAUCAAUAUACAUACACGUCCACGUUCCAAUGAA